AUGGAGCAUCAUCUUCUUGGCACUUCUUUGUCUUUACUACUAGUAAUGUUCUUAUUCAGUUCUAUUCUCGUCACCAGCCAUUUUCCGUUUGGCCGCAGCAAACAAGCUUAUACUCAUUCAAAUGUCUCCUGUAUCGAGAGUGAACGACAAGCUUUUCUUCAAUUCAGAAAUGGGUUGAUAGAUGAAUCGAAUCAUCUGUCAUCUUGGAUAGGAGAGGACUGCUGUUCAUGGGAAGGUAUUGGUUGUCACAAAAACACUGGUCAUGUGGUGAAACUUGAUCUACAAAAUGCGAAGCCGUUACACUCAAAUAAUGUAUUUACUUAUUGCAAAUAUUGCUUGGGAGGCCAAUUAAGUCCAUUUUUGGUCAAUUUGACCAAUUUGCGAUACCUGGACUUGAGCAAGAAUAAUUUUUCAGGAAUCCAAGUUCCCACAUUCCUUGGAUUGUUGAAAAAUUUGAGAUACUUAAAUCUUGCAAAUGCAGUGUUUGACGGUGAAAUUCCCCGCCAUCUAGGAAAUCUCUCAUGUUUACGGCAUUUAGAACUUGGAGGUGUAACUCCCUCCUUAACAUGGAAUCGAUUGACAACGAAGGAUCUCGACUGGAUUGUUGGGCUUUCUUCUUUAGAAGGCCUAAUCCUGUCUGAGGUGAAUCUCGGUGCCGCUAAAGAUGGUUUACAGACAAUUAACAUGUUUCCUUCACUAACAAGCUUCGAAUUGUCUGGUUGUGGACUUUUCAUCAAUCCUCAUCUUUCACAGGUCAAUUUCACAUCUCUUUCUUCCCAUGAACUCGGUGAAAGUAAUUUCAACAACUACACGAUCCCUCCUUGGCUCCAUAAUCUUACUGGUCUCCAUAAUCUUGGUCUUAGCUCUAAUCAUCUUUCCGAUCCAAUUCAUGGCCUAUCCGAACAAAUGACCUCUCUAGUUUAUCUCGAUCUAGGGGAAAACCGCUUUGAUGCAUCAACGUUGAUGUCACUUUGCAAUGUGAGCAGUCUUAAUUAUUUGGAUCUGAGUUUUAAUGAUAUGCAAGGGUCGAUACCGAGUGAAAUAGGCCAACUUUCGAAGUUGCAAGUAUUGGAUAUUUCUUCCAACUCAUUAACUGGUGUAUUAUCUGAAGAGCAUUUUGCAAAACUCGGAGAGCUAAAGUCAUUGAACCUAUCUGAAAACUUAUUCACUCUGAAUGUGAGCUCCUGGUGGGUUCCUCCUUUUCAACUCCGAGAAAUUAUGAUGUCAUCCAUCAAAGUAGGCCCCCUAUUUCCAGUUUGGCUUCGAACGCAAAAGGAGGUUCAAAGUUUAGAGAUGCAGAAUGCAGGCAUUUCUGAUAGCAUACCCAACUGGUUUGGAGUGCUUUGUUAUGAAAUUUAUAUUGUAGAUUUCUCCAACAACAACCUAACUUGGAAUCCGUUGGAGUUCAAACAAAUGAAGAAGAGUCCUCCGAUGGUAAUUCUCCAAGCAUAG